GGAGCUAACUGCAGAUGACAAAAACGGACUGGCUCGACCGGCGACGUGAAACGUGUGGAUAUUUAUUCCAGUGAGGUUGUUCCUUGACAGUCUUGCAAUUUGUCAUUCGUGUGGAAACAGUAACGUUGACUGAUGAAUUAGCACGACGUCAUCUGCGUUCCUCCAUCCUGCUUGUCACCCCUGACUUUUUAAGCUUACCAAGGUUUCUUUUCGAGUUGAUUAUCACCAUGACAGCAGUUGUUAAAGUGGCCAAAUGUACGAAGCUUGGGGUUGUUAUGGCAACAGGAGCAAAGAACUUUAGUACAACCACAAGUUUACAAGAGAUAAGGAAAAUGGCUCGGUUACGAGUAGUCGACAAUAGUUCGAUUGGGAGAGCUGCAAUGGCUGCUGGGAAACCUCCACGCUGUAUCCAUGUGUACACUCCCACAGGGGUCGGUUUCCUUGGUGACAAGGUAUUAGUGGCAAUCAAAGGACAGAAGAAACGUGGCUAUUUGGUUGGCUUGAAGCAGAAACAGAAACCUAACAUCCCAAAGUUUGACAGUAACAACAUAGUUCUUGUGGAGGACAAUGGAAUGCCUAGUGGGACGCGUAUUAAAGUACCUGUGCCCUCAGUGCUGCGGGGUAAGGGUGGUGACUUCACAAAGCUUCUAGCCCUGGCCACAAAAUUUGUGUGAUGCCAGACUGUGCCACACUAGAAACAUUCACUGAAAUUGUGCUUAAAGACAUCAACUGUAGGGGUUUUGUUGAAGUCUGAUUUUUGUUAUUUGUGUUUUCUAUGAAAUACAGCUACAUUUUUAGUAUCUGGUGGAUGUACAUGUAAUUGUUGUUUUUUUCUCUCAGUAUAUAAUACUAGAAGAUGUAGGGUUCAGCAUGUCUGUCUGUCUGCCCAUCUGUUCAUACAUUCGUAAGAUCUGUCCAUCUGUCCCUACACCUGUCUAUAUUCAUUUGAUUUGCACAAAAGAUUGAGAUUUGUAUCUCAUCCUGCAGUUUUCAACAGAUUUUUUCUCAGAAUUGUGGAUGGCCCACUCGCAGUGUCUGUUAGUUAAGGGCAUCUGCAGGUUCAAACCAGGCCAUAGACAGGGAAGUUUAGGUUCUCUUCACCAAAUUAUUGUCGUAUUGCUGAGAGAAUUUAUGAUCAUAUAGUUAUUCAUCCACUUAUAAACCUCAAAUAAUAUUGCCUGAAGAUAUUGUGAUAGAUUAUGUACAUUUAUAUGACCGUUAUCAGUUAAUUUUGUGAACUUGUUCAUUUUCAUUCGAGUCGGUCGUUGGGAAGUUA